AUGCACAUCACUUUGCCUUCAGCCUAGAAGGGUAUGCAUCACACUUCAGACCAAUUUUUUUCAAGCAGUGGAAUACAUAAGCCCUUCAAACCAGGAAUUCAAGUGGAAAAUAUAACCAAUCCUUAAUUGCAGCUGCAUCACAACACUAAUGGAAUUCCACUAACUAGCAUUGUAUAAAGCCUCAUUAGCUCCUCCUACAUGCACUAAAUAUAAAUGUGCAUGAACAGCAAAAGCAAUUUGCCUAAUCUCUGAAUCAGCUAAAUAGCAUUUGCACUGAAAUUUUGUCUGUAUACUAACUUAUCUGGUUAAACUCUGGGUCAAACCUGAUAAAUAAGGAAAAUCAUAAUUAUGUUUUAUCUUUAGAUAUUUUGCUAUUUUGUUGCUUGCCUGAGAAGGAUUCCACUUAUACUGUUCAAACCAGUUUAUUUCUUUUGGAAAGGAUGGACUAUUUUAAACAUAAUUUCAGUUAAAUAUUUCUGUAGCAUCCUACUUUUCUUGAGUCACUAACCAAUUUACAUCUAUGCAAAUCCUGAAUCCUGAAACACUAAGUUCAUUCUUGUGAAGUGCGUUGCAUUUACAUGGGGUUGUUAAGUCUUGAAAAACAUUUUACUGUGUAUAAUGGCAUUGCAAUUAGCUGAAUGCUGUUCAUAAGGCUAAUUGCUUAUUAAGGUCUUUCUUUUUCCUGUCACUCAGGACAGAAACAAGGGACUGAUUUUCUCCCUGAAUGUAGUGUACCUACAGUUACUGUAUGUUAAACAUGCAUUGCACUGAAGUGCCAGCUCAAAUGCCUCUCUUUAAUCCACAGUUUAUAUGUAAAAUAUUUUCUCCAAAACCUAGAUAUCAGGCUAGUUCUUAUUUUUAAAAAUUUUUGACAUGUCAAUUGCAGAAUCAGAAGUGUUGAGAUUUCAGUCUUAGCAGGAAUGAAGUGAAGCUGUCUGUUCAACAUUUCCUGUCAGUUCUCCACUGCAGCAUGCUUGCUAACUUUCUCUGUUCUUGGUUGGGAACUCUGCCAAAAGGAAAUGUCAGGAGUCUGUCCAACAAUUUGUCUCUUUCAGAAUCCACAUCCCAUUUUGCAAUUUGGGAUCUUUUUCUGUAAUGCCUAUUAAGAUUCUUACAAUAGUAAGGCAUCAGGGAAGAAAUCUAUUCCUCAAUGUGUUGUAAAAAAACCAGGAGGAUGCUGUAGGUGUAGGAAUUCUGAAGAGCUUUAGCAGAGGGACCCCACUCUGGGUGCAGGUUACUGUCCAUAGCUGUGAGUGGAGGACUUAGCACUACAGACUUAUAAAUGUGGAAAAGGCUUUUCCAGCCAGUACUGUGCAAGCUGUAUUCUAUCAAAAACAAUCCAUGGAGUUUACAAGUGCCUCAGUUUAUAGAUUGAUCAAAUUCUGUAUUCAUCAGUUUUGAUAAUGCAGAUUAUAAGCACAUGUAGGAGCAUCUGCUUCUGUUUUGUUUAUUUGAAGAUUAUCCCUUAAUCAUGCAAGAUCCAGGUGUGCAUUUUCAGAUUUGUUGACUCAGGGAAGGUGCAGAUAGUAUUAAAGACCAGUCACAUUAUGCUGUAGUUACAUUUAUAUUGUUGCUCCCGUGAAGAAUUGAACCACUCAGUGAAGAGAAUGGCAAGAAGAAAUGUCCUCAUUACAGGUUGCUCCUCAGGAAUUGGGCUGGCAAUAGCUGUAAAAAUGGCAAAAGAUGAACAGAAAAGAUUUAAAGUGUUCGCCACAAUGCGGAACCUGGCCAAGAAGGAGCCACUGGAGGCAGCUGCAGGUCACAGGCUGGGCAAAACCCUCGAGAUUAAACAACUGGAUGUCUGUGAUGAGCAGUCUAUUAAAACCUGUGUGAACAGCAUCCCUGACAGAAGGAUCGAUGUCCUGGUGAGCAAUGCUGGAAUGGGGCUCAUUGGGCCUAUUGAAUGUCAGAGCAUUGAGGAAAUGAAAACUGUGAUGGACACCAACUUCUUUGGCCUGGUUCGGCUCCUGAAGGAGAUCCUGCCUGACAUGAAGAGGAGAAAGAGUGGGCAUAUAGUAAUCAUAAGCAGUGUUAUGGGAAUACAAGGUAUCUUAUUUAAUGAUGUUUAUGCUGCAUCUAAGUUUGCUGUGGAAGGAUUCUGUGAAAGUUUAGCUAUACAAGCACUCAAGUUCAAACUUCAGUUAAGUUUGAUUGAACCAGGCCCAGUGGUUACAGAAUUUGAAAGAAAGGUUUUUGAAGAUGGAAUGAAAAUGGAUCUUUCAGCUGCAGAUGAAGAAACAGCUGAGAUGUUUACUAAUAUUUACCUUAAAAAUUACAAGCAAAUUUUCCAGAGCCUGGGACAAAGUGCUGAAGAUGUUGCAGAGCACACAGUAAAGAUAAUUCUUGCAGAAAAUCCACCUUUUCGCCAUCAGACCAACACCUUGUAUACUCCAAUGACAACUUUGAAGUAUGCAGAUCCAAAUGGAGAUCUACCCAUUGACAUAUUCUACAAAAUGGUUUUUCAGCAUGACAAAAUCUUCAGUGCAAGUCUCAACUUCAUCAAAUUGCUAAGGUGGAGAAGCAGAAAGAGCUUUGACCUGGGAAAACCUUCACAAUAAGAAUGAGAUUAUAUAGUGCAAAUUGGAAUUACUUGUUGUAGCUACUGAUGACACAGUGUUAUUCAAAUGCCUUUGCUCUGUAAUUAUGAAAAGGCAUGCAAGAUAUUUGUUUGAGCUUAGCUAAGAUAUUAAUUUCAAUGUGUAUCUCUUGAAUGUUACUGUUUGCAGAACCUUGCAAUUAAAAUCCUCUAACUGUAGUUUCGUUGUGUUUAGUGUUUGCUUUUUCCAGAGAUAUUUUCUCAGGAACAGGAACACUGACUGGUAUUUGUGUAUUCAAUAUUAACCUGACCUCCUUCACUUACUUGUAUAUAAUACAUACAGAGAGCUGUACAGUAUGCAAAUGAUUUAGAUUCUUAAUAUCAUAAAAAUGUUUUUACUUAUCAGGAUAGUGAAGCAAAGUGAAAAUUUUCCAGGAUAGAAAUCCAUUUUAAUUUAGGUGAAAUGUACAUUUUUGACUUGAGUCUGUGGUUAGAAAUUGUAGUUAUUUAGCCAGACUGCAAGGCCUAAGCUCAGUGAAUUUACUUCAGCGAAGGACAGAGAUAAAGGGGAGGAGACAGAAGAUGAUAGAGAGAGACAAGGACUGCUGUAAGGGCAAGUCAGCCUGACCUCGGAAUUCUUUCUGAUAAAAAGGAACUAGUGGUAAAAGUCACACAAAACCCAUAAAAAUGAAUAUGUAUGAACCUAUUGUGAAACUGUAUGCAUAUGUAUUUGAGAGGGGGAUAAAAGGAGAUCUGAAGUUCUCAGAGGUACGCAUGCCUUUUGAGGAGAGUUUUCUCUGCAUGUGUCCAGUGCCGUAAUAAACAUACCGAGCUUUACAACUUUUAUAAAGUUGUGAGGUUUCUUCUUUUCUCCGCAAAAUAGAAUUGCUACAGUAAUCACUCUAUCACACUGG